AUGGCACAUGCAAACAAUGAUAAAGAUCAUUAUUCUGCCAAACCUUCAAUCUUUGAUGGAGAAAAGUUAGAAUAUUGGAAAUAUAGAAUUAAAAUUUUCUUCAUAGGUUGUGAUGUAGAUCUAUGGGAUAUGGUAAUAGAUGGAUACACAUAUCCUACAAAUGCAUAUGGUACAAUGUUUGGAAGAAGCAAAAUGAAUGAGCAGCAAAAGAAGGAUCACAAGAAUCAACAUAUAUUCAUAACUAUAUUGUUGAAUGUUAUUUCGUAUUCAGAGUAUGAAAAGAUUAUAAAUAAAGAUUUUUUUAAGUCUAUGUUUAAUUCAUUGAAAAUGACUCAUGAAAGAAAUGAGCAAGUUAAGAAAACUAAGGCAUUUGCUUUAAUACAUAAAUAUGAAGCCUUCAAAAUGGAAGAAUGUUUUCUUGUCGCUUUCUUGUUUCUGAUUGAGGAGAUGUUCUUAGGAUUUCAAACUCUUUUAGUUGGAUUAAAAGUUCUGAAUAAGGGUUAUACCACUUCAGAUCACAGUCACGAGAUUGAGCUUGAAGAGGGUGAGCCCCAGAAGAAAGUAAAGUUUGUGGCUCUGAAGUCCAAAGGCAAGCCUAAGAAGGCUAAAGCUCUUCAAGCUAAAGAAGAAGAGUAUGAAGAAAGCUUUGAAGAAGAGGAUCAAUUGCAGAAGAAGUUUGGAGCUGACAAGGAUGUUAUCUACUUUAAAUGCAAAAAGUCUGGACAUUAUAAGAAUGAGUUUCCUAAACUCAAGCCUAAAAAGAAUUUCUUCAAAGAGAAGAAGAAGGUUCUGAUGGAAACCUGGGAUGACUCUGAAUCUUCAGAAUAUGACUCUGAAAAAGAGGAGGUUAACAUGGCUCUAGAAGCUAGCACUGAAGCAUCUGAAUCAGAAUCAGAUUCAGAAUUAAACUCAGACUCUGGCAAGGUAUUUUCUCAUCUCACUUGUUCUGAAUUAGAAUUAUUCUUAGCUGAGAUUCUUGAAAAUGUUUAUAAGCUUAAAAAAAGAUACAAGAAUCUAAAAUAG